AUGCACGCUCCGGUGGAGGCGUGGGAGGUAAUGAUGGAGAGGAUGGUGGGAGAAGUGGGCAAUGAGAAAGGGGUGAAUGGAGAGAGAGAGAGAGGAAGACAAGGGAGCAUAGGAGAAGAGGGCGGAGGAGGAAAGGAGAAUGACAAAGGGGCGAAAAGUGGUGCGGAGGCUGCAGGGGAGGAGGUGGGCAUGAUCGACUCUCUUUUUCUUCCCCGCCUCUGCUCACCUUUCAACUGCCCCUCCCCACUAAAGGCCCCUCCGCCUCUACACUUCCCCCCACCCUCUCAGCCUCCUUCUACCAUGCCUCGUCCUCUCACACCUCCUCUCACGCCUCCUUCUAACGCCCUUCUUUCGUUUCCUCAUCCCUCUGCGGCACUCGUCCCCGACCCCUUUGCCACCCCGCUGCAAUUGUUGCAUGUUCCCUCUCUCGCUGCACUCAACCGGCAGCUGCAGCGGUGGGACUGA